GCUCACUGCUCAGUUGCAUGUUCUGUUUUUGUUGAAUUUAUUGAAACCUCAGUAAAAAGUCGGUAUUUCAGCUUUAUAGCCUUGUUUUUUUAUUAGUAAAUUUUCUUGUUUAAUUUCAGGGUGUUGAAGUGUGAGUUUGUCCGUUUUGAAGUUGAAACAUAACCAAGCUCUAGAUUGCUAUUGCUAUAGGCCUACUACUUUAUAUCACCCAAUAAUAAUAACUAAAUGUUUAUAAAAUAGUGAAUAAUGUAUUAAUUUUGUGAUAGCGUGUAAACAAUCUUCAAAAUUUUUGACUAUUAAAUAUGGAAGGCCACGAAGAACCAACAACGCAGCCUAUUUCUGAAGCAUGUCGAUCGCAGGAGACUGAUGAUGAAUCUGUCAAUGAAGUGUGGGGAAAGCUGUAUCCGUUAUCAUAUCGAUUACAAGAAACAGAGUUAACACUUCCUUCGUAUAAGGUUGGCCGUGGCAUGGAAUGUGACAUCCGCCUGACAAGUGAAUGUAUUGACACUUCAGUUUUGAAUCUGAUCAGCAAAGUUCAGUUCGAAGUCAAAUUGACCAAAGAUGAUUCUGGAAUUGAGGUGUUUUGCUUGAAAGACCUCAGUUCCAACGGAACUUUUGUGAACAAGAAAAAAAUUGGUAGAAAUAAUACAGUGUUUCUCAAGACUAGUGAUGAAAUAUCACUAUCUCAACCUCAAAAUAAAGCUUAUCUUUUUGUUGAUGCACGCUUAUGUAACAGUUGGCUACCAGCCUCAGAAAAGCAUCGAUAUGAUAUAUUGAAUGAUCUUGGCAGCGGUUCAUUUGGUGUAGUGAAGAUGGCUGUGAAUAAGAAAACUCGUUGUCGAUAUGCCAUAAAAAAGUUACUCCGUAAUAAGUAUAUUGGCGAAAAUGAGAAAAAAAUGAAUGAGAUGCGCAUCGCGAAUGAGAUCAAAAUUAUUAGUAGUCUCGAUCAUGCGUUCAUUGUGAAACUGAAAGAAGUAUUCGAGAACGAGGAUGCUGUUUUCAUGGUGCUGGAAUACAUGCCAGGUGGUGACCUGAAGCAUAAGCUGUGCCAGGAGAAGAGGCUUAGAGAUAAUGACUGCAAAAUUAUUUUCUACCAACUUUUUUUAGGCGUGCAGUACCUUCACAAGCAAGGUGUAACCCAUAGAGAUUUGAAGCCAGAAAACAUCCUCUUGUCGACGGAAAACGGAAUUCUGAAAGUGAAAAUUUCUGAUUUCGGUCUGUCCAAGUUGAUUCAUGCGGGAACUGCAUUGAAAUCGCAUUGUGGCACAUUGCAGUAUACAGCGCCCGAAGUAAUCAUGUCAAGAGGCAGAGAAAGUUACACGCCAAAAGUUGACAUUUGGAGUCUGGGCUGUAUACUAUAUUUGUGUCUUAGUGGAAAAACGCCGUUCAACGGGAGGGCAAAUAUGCGAAUCGAGGAGCAGAUAGUGAGAGGAUACUACAAGAAGCUGACCGUUGUCAAUAACCUGAAUCACGUGAAUACAGCCACCGAUGCUGUCAAUCUCGUUGAGAAAAUGCUUGUUGUUGAGUCCGAGCAACGAUUUUCUAUCGAUGAAGUUCUCAGUCAUGUUUGGUCACAGGACAAGCAAAUUGAGGCAACAGUAAAAAAACUUCUGGAUGGAUAUGGAAAAGAAGACCAAGAGAAUGUUUCGCCUGAAUUUCAGCCACCAAAAAAGAUGAGGAUGAUUGAGGAGCGAUAAUAUAGUAUACUAUUUUCUAGUUUACAAAGAUCGACAUGAUUUUUCUUCAUUUAGUCUAUCCAUACGGGUGUUAAUAAUUCAUCGUUCAACUGAUACGAAUAUUGUUCAUAUUGAACAAAAUGAUUAUCGACAGGUUUUUUGCCUGAUUAUUUCCGGUUCGAUUGUGUUUAAAAGUUUGGUUACUAUUAGAAAACUAGGGGCGACUGAUUAUACAUUACUUCACCAACUAGGCAUUAAUGAGAUAUGAAUCCUGAGUAAUGGUUGCAUGAAUUAUGACUCAAAAGCCACUUUCCUCGUAUGUGUACUUAAUGAUAAUAAUUGUUAUUGCUGGCUGAUUUACAAUGUUCAUGCAAUAUGCAAUGCCCCCCCCCCCCCCCCCCGAUGUAACACGAUAUUGGCAUUAUCGUUCUCACACUUACAAUUGUCGGCCGACACUGAGAAUUGUCCUCUGAUUGGCUGACAAUCAGCUGUUGGUAAUACUUAGCCAAUCAGAAGAAAUUUCUCAGUAAGUGUCGGUAAGUGUAAAAACGGCCAUUAUCUUGAAUCUCUUGAACGACCAUUAUCUCAAAAAACUUGAAAUUUCAAUUCCAUAUUAAAGUUGAUUUCAGAUAUUUCUCUCUGAUUGUCCUAUCAUAGUUGCCUGAAACUAUUGUUUCUAAAAGCUGUUACUUAUCUUCAACGUACGUUCAUUUAGCUUAGUCUUAAUGCCCUGGUGAAUAUUCUUGUAAAAGGCAAGUUGAACGUAAAUUAACUCUUUCUGAUGACUUAUCGUACAAUCGUUGAUACUUAUAUAUACAGUUUCAAGAAGCAUGAUAAUUCAAAUUUUGAUUGUAGGUCAGUAAAAUAUCCCAAUUCUUAUGAAUACCAUAGCCUACUAAAGUUAUUAAAUUACGAUAUUUAUGCUGCAAUAUACCAUUCUUAUAACUUCAUGCACUAAUCUUUCUUUGAAACAUGAUAUAGUCAUACUCCUAUUAUCAUUUGUUAUCAAGCUUAACAAAGAAUUGUUGAAUAAUAUAGGACUAAUCACCUUUAUUUCAUUAAUGUUAUGCCCUUUCAUCAAGUAACUAACAAACAAUUAAUAUUGACUGUUGAAAAAGGCUUGUUUUUAUCCUAAUAAAAUUGAAGUUUGGAUCGACCAAAUUUGCUUAGAAUCAAUAAGUAUUAUCUUAUGAAGUGGUAUAGUAUUAAAAUAUAAAAAGAUCGAUUUGAGUUUAUAAUCUUAUUUAUAAAAAAACAGAUUGAAAUUGCAUUGAAUUCUCAUCAAGAUAAAUGCAUCAUUCCAUUAUUAUUGAUCAAUAAUUUUAUUGGCUAGUUUGAUUAUUGACAAUUAAUUUAUUUAAAAUAAUCUAAGUUUAUCCUUUGUAUGAUCAACACUUUUACUAUUUAUUAAUGAAAACAGCAAAUUAUUUUCGGUAUAGAUUAAGUUACAUGUUAAUGUGAGUAAAUGUUUCGUUCUAUUUUACUUGUUUGAAAAAUGGUUUCUUAUGAAUUAUUAUUGUUUUCCAUUGAUAGCAAGGUAUUGCUUGCAUGUUUAAUGCCUAUGUUGCAGGAGGUAAUAUACAAACCUCCAAGAAAAUGUUCUUUUGACACCCAACAUCAGUAGCUUGUAAUGUACCUUGGUCACUAUUUAUCAUUACAUCGUGACAUUUGAAAAUGUUUAAUAAUCAAUAUUUUUUUCAACGAAUGCCUUAUUAAGUGCCUCAUCUAUUAUGUGAUAUGACAAAUCUGUUUUGGAAUUAAUCUUUGUGAAUAAUUAAUCACUGCCUUACUUGAGUUUUAUGUUGUUGCGUCGGUAAUAUUAGAGUUUUUUUAGCACAGCUUCAAGUGGUUUAUAUGUACCCUCUUCAAUAGACUAAGUAUCAUUGUUUUACUGUAUAAUUUUUUGUUACUUUUCUUUGUUUCCAACUAUUUUUCAUGUUUAUAAUUUUGUAUUUUUUAUAGAAAAAUAAAAUAAUGUUACCAGAUUGUUGAAUGCA